CACCGUUACAGGACUUGCUCCGGGACCCCCGUGCUUGGGUCUCCUCCGGAGCCCGCCCGCGCCGUCCGGCGGGGGAGGAGCCGCCGCUGAGCCCGUUCGUUCCCCGCAGCCCGAGCGGCGCGGAGAGGGGGAGGCGGCGCAGCCGCCUGCGCCUCAAGUUGGCGGAGCGCCGGCGGGGGACGGGCAGACCCUUCCCGCCCACGAGGAACGCGCGCACUCACCCGCCGAGCCUCCGGCGACGACUUGCACUCCAUGUAUGAAGAUUCAAGAUUAUAUCAUCUGUUUGUUUAAGCUAAUCCAAAAGUAAAUGAGGAACUUAGGAAAAGAUUGCCAACUUCAAAUCAACACAGUUACACAGAAUUGAAGAAGAAGCGUACAGCUUCAUUUGAGGGAUUCUUUUAAGGGACUCAGUGUUCUGCGAUAUGAGCUCUGAAACCUUCAAGCAAAAACUGGACUCAGUGCCAGAUCAAACAAGUUCAGAGGAACAAAUGGAGAACUGGUCAAAAGAAACAUACAUGUUGGAUCAGAAAAAAGACUUUUGUGCUGAACUUCAGUUUUAUAAGAAUUCUCAAAAACACACAGGAUUUUUUAUCCAGGCAGAAACUGAAGCACCGAAACUUUCAGAUUUGCAAGUAACCAGUCAAAGAGGAGGAGUCCUACCUAACUGUAAUUCUGGUUCUGAAGAAUCAAGCAGUGUAGAAAGAAAGGAUAGCAGGAUGCUCCCUGAAUUUAUAUCCUCAUGGAAUGAUGCUGAAGAUUUAGGUGGAAGAACAGAAACUGCAUUCCUUUUAAAAGAAUUGGACACUCUGAGGGCCAAAAAUAAAAAGCUUCAAGAUAAGCUGGCUGAAAAGGACAAGGAGCUGAAGACAAUGAAACUGGACUUAGAAUUGCAAGACAGAGCUACAGAAGCUAAGAUUGCAGAAAGGAUUGCAGCUCUGGUGGAAGAAGUUUAUUCUGCUCAACGGGAACGUGAUGAGGCUGUCAUGGCAAGGCUUAGGUUAGCCAAUGAAGAGAGAGAUGAAGCAUUUCUGCGAGUCCAGCAUUUAGAAGAGUCUCUCAAAGAGCUAGAAAAUAUUAACCCUGAAGAAAAUGACAUGACAUUACAGGAAUUACUGAACAGAAUAAACAAUGCAGACACAGGGAUAGAUAUACUGAAGAAUGGAGCUAUAAUUCUGAACCGAAUACACAGGACCAAAGAACGUAAAAAGAAAAUAAUAGCUGAGGAAAUGAAUGCAGUAAUAGAGCAACGGGAUGCUGCUUUAUCUCAAUGCAAACGGCUGGAGCAGGAGCUUCAUCAUCUGAAAGAGCAGAACCAGACUUCAGCAAACAACACGAGACAUAUGACUGCUGAAAACAAUCAAGAACGUGCUCUGAAGGCAGAAUUGAUAGCUUUGCAACAAGAAAAGGAAGCUGCUCUUCAACAGUGCAAAAAACUAGAAGAAGAAAUCCAAACAUUGCGUGUUUAUUACAGGUUAUACAAGUCUUUGUCUGAAGGAUUGAGUCUGAAGAACCAGCCUAGCUGUGCUUUCAGUACUUCUGAAGGGGGACUGCAGGGAAGGGAGGAUGUUGUGACUCUAACCUAUGGCCAGAUUGAGGAGCUGGCAGCUCAGCUGCAGCAGACUCGAUCCGAGCAAAAGGACACCGAGCUGAAGCUCCAGAAGGCCCUGGAAGCUUCACAGGAGGCCAAUGAAAAAGUUCAAAAGUUGGAAAGGCUGGUGGACGUCCUGAGGAAGAAGGUUGGAGCAGGGACCAUUAGGACCGUGAUCUGAUUGAAAGCUGCAGUCUAAGGAAGCUUUCACAUCUGGUGACCAGGCUGCUUCAUUCAGCACUGUGUAAACACUGAAGCCUUAACUUAGCAAACAGUUGUUAGAAGUGGGACACUCCAGCGACAUUCCAAGCUGAGAUAAAAUCAAAUCAUAAAUGUUUAACUACUUUGCUGCUGAGUUCUGUGAUUUGUUAAAAUGUUUCACUGCAAACAUGUGUUUGUU